UAUCAGUUCCUCCUGGUCCUGUGCUGUAGACAUAUAUCUUGUAUCCAGUAUCAGCAUUUAGAAACAAAUUCAUAUAUACAUAUAUACAUCACGUACAAAUAAUAUGCGCCACUGACACGGACGGGAGCAGAAACACAUAUAAGUAUAUGUGACGAUAAAACGUCCUUCCACAGGACUUUAGUUAGCGUAGAUAGAAAUCUGGAAUUAUCAGUCUAUAGGUAGUGUCGGGAGUGUGCUAUGUUAAACUUGAGUAAGCGGCUGACGAAGAUAUUACGUUGACAUCUGGAUCAGUUUCGCGCACAGCUGGUUUGCUGUUGAAAAUAGCGCAUGGUGUUAUCCGUGAUCCCAUUUGUCGUGGAAUCCUGACUAAUGUGUUUGCUACUAAUAACGCGAUGACAGGACUCGUGUGGGAAUCGAGGGACUCUCUAGCCUCCUACUGGACAAGAAUAUCCUAAUAUACUUAUGGAAGCGUUACUUCUUAAGUCAUACACCUGCCAAUUCCUCUCCACUAAUCUAUUUUCCACCUUGAUUCAUUAGAAAUUUUUUGUUCUUCCUUAUGUAUCCUUUGUUUCUUCCUUGUAUCUUUUCUUUUGAUAUGUUUGUGCAUAUUGGUGGUUAAGCAAUUAUAGAAGACUGCCUAAAGAAUCGGUUGAUGGAUAUUUAUCGAUGAAAAAAUCGAAUCGAAUAGCAAUGAACAAGCUUUAUUUUUUGAUAAUGUGAUACUUGCUGCAAGAACCAAGUCAAUUUCUAAUAUGCCAGAUGUUUUGAUGAUAUUCAAUCUUAGUAGGCCUAGCAACAGGCUUUCGUGAUAUGCACAUUAUAAAUACUGAAGCGAAUAUUUGUUUAUCAUUAUAAUGUUUGGAUGUCCAAGAGAGGCUGUUAGGGUUAAAGUUAAGAAAUGUGAAUCUCGUCAUCACCCAGAAUACAGAAAAUUCAGCGUGGACCCACAAAUAACAUCAAUUGAGGUGCUCCAAAGUAUUUUGAUAAAAGCAUUUGACAUUAAAGGUGAAUUCACCAUUUCAUACAGAGCAAUAGAUGAUUAUGGUGCAGAAACUUAUUUAUUUUUACUCUCAGAUUGGGAUUUGGAUGCUGCUUUUAUUAGUGCAUCAGACCCGUAUCUCUAUUUGCAAGUAAAUUUAAAACCAUUUGGAGAAACAAAUGAAUGUGAGAGUGAUUGGGAACCAAAUGUUCAACAUGUGGCCUCUAGACCGGAUCUGGGCUUUACAUACAAGACCCCCAGAUUGCCUGGAAUUAUUAUGAAUAAGAUGGAAAAGACUUUGAAUCUUGUACAAAGAGCUUUGGGUAAUUUUGGUGAGGAUUUGAACGCAAGUACGCAACCUCCGCGAUCACCUUUGACAGAUGCCGAAUUUCGCAAGUUUUUGGAUCCAAUAGGUCAGGUUAUUCAGUCCAAAGAACUUCGUGCUGUUAUUUACUUUGGUGGCAUUGAACCAAGUCUGCGAAAAGUCGUUUGGAAGCACAUACUUAAUGUAUAUCCUGAAGGAAUGUCUGGGCGUGAAAGAAUGGAUUAUAUGAAACGUAAAGCUCAAGAGUACAUAAAUUUACGAGAUGCUUGGAAAAAUCUUAUGCACAACGGACAAAAUGUUGGAGAUUUAGCUUAUGUUACUAGUAUGGUUCGUAAAGAUGUACUCAGAACUGAUCGGCAUCACAAAUUUUAUGGUGGCUCUGAUGAUAAUCAAAAUACCGCGAGUCUGUUUAAUAUUCUAACAACGUAUGCUUUGAAUCACCCUAGUGUAAGUUAUUGUCAAGGGAUGAGUGACUUGGCCUCACCUCUUUUAGUAACUAUGCGCGACGAAGCUCAAGCUUAUAUCUGUCUCUGUGCACUUAUGAGAAGGUUGCAGGAUAAUUUUAUGCUUGAUGGAAUCGCGAUGACUACUAAAUUUGCUCAUCUAUCAGAGGGUCUACAAUACUACGAUCCCGAAUUUUUCGCCUAUCUUAAACUGCAUCAAGCCGAUGAUCUAUUAUUUUGCUAUAGAUGGUUACUACUAGAAAUGAAAAGAGAAUUUGCUCUCGACGAAGCGAUGAGAAUGCUAGAAGUUUUAUGGGCAUCCUUGCCAGCAUCGCCACCGCCGAAUGGCGAGCUUAGCCUAGCCGAAGUAAAAUUCCCACCGGCAUCUCCACCUCCAAAUCCUAAUGUUAAACAAAUCCGAGAGAAUGCUUACACCAAAGUCUGUGCCCUUCGACGACAAAGUUCGUCUACGAGUAUUUGUAGUGCAAGAAAACGAAAUAUCAGUACCAGUGAAUCUUUGAUAGAGAAUAAUACUCACGAAAAAGAUGAGACAAAAAGACCAAUAGUUCGACAACAAAAAUCUGGUCCCGAGAGUGACCGCCUCGAUGUGAUGAGAAAUCAAAGAAAUAUUCCAACUGUUAAGUGUCUUAGCGUGGAUUCAAUACCCAAUCCACUAGUGAAUAAGCAGACGUCACCCUCUUUAGAUGUCGACGACAGACUGAGCUCUUCAAGCAAUUCGGAUCAACAAUCCAAGGUCCAAGCAGGGAAAUGCUCCCGUGUAGUUAAAAAUUUAAACGAAUUCUUAAAUUUUACGAGUCUUAAUAAAAGUAGAGUCACGCCGAGUGAUGAUCGUUCCGAAGUGCCGGUGAGGGUGACAGACGAAGACCAAGUCGUCCAACUUGUUCGCGAUGAAUCCAAUUCUCCCGAUGAUUAUACCGAUUUUUUUCCUAUGACUACAUCGAUGACGAGAGAAUUACGAUUGGAGCUCGAGUCGCUUGAUAGACAGGUUUUCGGACCGUCUCCACCAGUGAGUGAUCAACAUUGUGAUUGUACUAUAUCGAAGCGGGACAGUGAAAUCGUAGAAAGUGAAACUGAAAUCGAAUUACCCAAGUGCAGCCCAGCAGCAGACGUUUUUGUUUGGGAGAACCCUUUACAUUCUUUGCAGAAUAAGCAGAAUCCACCUACCCCGGAUGAACAGGCCGACUUGGAAUACGAUGGUGAAAUUUUGGAGGACCAAAAUGGAGUCAAGUCAGUUACACCUAUCCGUUUAUUCAAGCGCACAACCAGGUGUGACGACGUAUCAGAUAGCGAUGAAACCGAUAGCUGGCCGCAAAAUCCGAUGGUAACCGAUGCAACGGCUGUGCCUGUAGCCCAAGAGCAAUGCGAAGAGGUGACCGAAUUGACUAAUCUCAUUCCAGCAGGCAUGAGCGAUGACGACCAUCAACUUGGCACCGACUCGCUACCGCCUCCCAGUGAAUUCGGAGGCGGGAAUCCUUUUUUAAUGUUCCUGUGUAUAACUCUCCUACUGCAACACAGAGACUUUGUUAUACGCAAUCAGAUGGACUAUAACGAAAUGGCAAUGCAUUUUGAUAAAAUGGUGCGUCGCCAUAACGUCACCAAAGUCCUGAAUCAAGCAAGACAACUGUUUGCGGGUUACUUGAGAAGGCAUGCAAAUAAGUCGGAAUUUAUAAACGUGUAAGGAACUGAUGCUGCAGCAGCUGAUGUAUUUUUUUCUCGACAACAAAACAAAAAGAAUUAAUGAAAAUAUUUUAAACGUAUUGUGAAUACUGAUAUUUUAUGGAGGUUUUCGUUAGAUUGUUAUAUGUGAUCGACUGUAUUAUUGGCAGAAGCUAUUUAUUUCUUGAAAUUUUAUUUAUUAUUAUGUUUUGUUGUAAACCGCGAACUGCGAACAAGUCCUAUGCAAGCAAAAUUAAUUUAGCCUAGUAUAAGCAGAAUAUAUAAAAAGAGUCUGAUAUGCACUCGAACCAAUUAGAUUAUUGCACACUAUGACUUGGAGGAAAAACGGUACAAGUUUUAUAGUAUUGUACCUAGUAGUAGAAAUAUUUUUUUGACGAAAAUGGCGAGUGCUUAUUGUGCUUUUGUUUCUACUGUACUUACCGGUACUUCUGCUAAAUACAAUGACGUGCAAGUGUACAUGAAGAUUUUUAUUUGCAGUACCCGACAAACUGUGUUAUUUGGUUGUUGCGCACGAAAAAAAUUAUUGCAAGUUUUAUAAUAAAUUGAAUAUGAUUU